AUGUUGCGCCUCGAAUGGCUAGUGGUCACACUGAGUGCCUUGGGUACAUGGGGCGCCUCGUUGCCGGGCGAUGUGCGCUGUGUGACUGCCCUCUACUCGGCGUAUAAUUAUAUCACCUUCGCGGGUCUCCCAGCCAAGGGAAUGUUCGACACACGAUGCCAAAAUCCCCUGAAAGUCACAUCGAUUUAUGCAGCUUCUGAGAUAUAUUGCCGAGAUACAGAACGUGUUGCUGGCUUGGCCCAGAUGGCGGCGGAAUGUGAAGAGUUUGGCCAUCACCAGCUACUUCCUAGAGAAGCUGUUGCGGGGAAUUUGACGGAAGAUGCGAUACGGGGGAUGCGCAUCGUGAAAUAUGCAGAAUUAACAAGGUCCGAUGUGAUGAAUGCACCGGUCAUGAUUUCCGCGUCUUACUUCAACCGGGUAUAUAAUACCAUCGAGGCGCUUCAAUUCGAGACUUGGUCACAUCAUGCAUUUGGAUUUGUCGGCUAUGCUUAUUGGGGGUUUUUUAUUGUCCUCGCAAUCGGGUACCGUCUGUGUGGCUGGGCCACCUAUCAACGGAGAGAUCACAACACCGGAGCGGGAGAAAUUGAAUCGCAAAUAUAUAAUCCAACCGGAUCGUGGCACACCGGCCUUCCUCUGAUAAGGGACACCUUGGGUUGGCUACAGACUCAUCUACUUGUUGCCCCUCCGUUCACCUCACGAGGUCGUGAAGUGUUGCUGUGCAUCUUCUCAAACCGAGCGGAGGCCCUUGCGGUCAGCGGGUUCUGGAUCAUCAGCAUCACGUUGAGUUUUGUCGGAUAUCGAACAUUUGAAGGAAAUAUCUACUGGCCAGACAUUCCUAGUCAAAUCCUCCGAUACUCGGCCGACCGAACUGGCAUCAUGUCAUUUGCAAAUAUUCCCCUAUUAUGGCUUUUCGGCGGUCGCAACAACAUUCUGAUAUGGGCAACAGGUUGGAGCUUUGCAACCUUCAACGUUUUCCAUCGCCAUGUAGCUCGUGUGGCAACACUUCAAGCGGUAGCACAUACCAUCUUAUAUCUCAUUAUCUACUACAGAACUGGCAAACUGUGGAGAGCUUUCAACAAAACUUACAUCGUUUGGGGGCUACUCGGUGUCCUUGUUAUGGUAUUUCUACUUUUAACGUCCCUCGAUCGGAUCCGCUCUGGCACCUAUGAAAUAUUUUUGAUUGUACACGUCCUACUCUCAAUACUCACCCUUGUCGGAUGUUUCUACAUCUUUAGGCUUAACAAAAUCCGCGCCACCUCCGCCCGGAUGACUUACGACGAGGCAACAGAUGUGGUCCGAUUAGAAGUCUUACCAGCUACUCCGUUUCUCAGUCCCUCUCCAGGAGAUUAUUUCUUCCUGUACCAACCCUUUCGCUGGACUGGUUGGGAGAGUCAUCCUUUUACCGUUGGUGCUUGGUCAUCUCAAGUGGAAUCCGCAACAGGAUCAUCGAGGACUGGCAAAGCGACCGACGCGUUGGAUCUCUCUCAACAACCGCUCUUAUCCAAUGCGAUUAAUCAACCGGACGAACCUCUCCCCGCGGAAGAGUGUGAAAAAGAAUGCGAAGUCUCCAAUCUGAAGGCAAUCUUCUGGAUCCGCCCGUAUAAUGGUUGGACCCAACAUUUGCGUCAACAGUGUCUGCGAUCAAAAGUCCAGCCGGUGGAGACGACAAUUCUUCUCGAGGGGCCAUAUGGGCAUCACUUUCCGAUUUGGAAUUAUGAGUCAGUGUUGAUGAUCAUGGGAGGAACUGGGAUUGCGUCAGCCGUUCCGUAUCUCCAAGAACAUAUUCGGCGAUCCAAAAAUGAAUGGGGAGAAUCGUCGAAGGAAAAGACCUAUACCCGUGAUAUUGAAUUAGUUUGGACUGCAAGACAAAUCGGUUUUCUUAAUGAGGUGGCCAAUCGAGAGCUGCAACCUCUAUUGGCUCGUCAAGACUUCCAGGCCACUUUCUAUGCGACAAGGGCUUUCACCUGCUCACCGGAUGAUUUGAAUGAAUCAGCAUGUGAUAUCAAACUAGGUCGACCUCAUCUGCAAUCGCUCAUCAUGAGUCGUGCCAGCGAUGCCUCUUCUGCUGGGGUUUCAUUGGUGAUUCUGGUUUGUGGACCUGCCGGUAUGGCGGAUGAAGCACGAGCAGCCACUCAUUUAGCCAUGCGACAAGGUCACAGCUCUAUCAAAUACGUGGAAGAAUCGUUUGCUUGGUAA